AUGGCAGGUUUCUCCCGACGUUUUGACGCCAGCUACCAGAACGCCAAGGCCAAAAUUGUCGCCGACACCAUCGGCGAGCCAUUCAUCAUACGCUCACAGACAUGCGAUCUGGUCGAUGACACCGGCUUCUUUGUGCGUUAUGCAGCCAGAAAUGGAGGCAUGUUUGUGGACUGCUGCAUCCACGACAUCGACUUGUCACUCUACUAUUUCGGUGAUGUGAAGCCGAAGGCUGUUUGGGCAGUGGGCACUAUUUCCCAUCAUCCUGAGUUGAAAGCCCUGGAUGAUGUUGAUAAUGGCGUUGGUGUUGUGGAGUAUUACGGUGGUAAGAUAGCGUACUUUUAUUGUUCUAGGACAAUGGCGCAUGGGCAUGAUGUUUGUACGGAGGUUGUUGGUACCAAAGGGAAGGUGAUGGUUAAUUUGGUGCCGAGACUGAAUAACGUGACAAUUGCCGGCCAAGGGGGGAUUGGACAUGAGGUGCAGCCCGAGUAUUGGGAACGGUUUGAGGAAGCGUUCGCGACGGAGGCAAAUGAGUUCAUUGCUUCUAUCGUGGAAAACACCCCAGUGCCGUUGAAGUUAGAGCUCGGUUUGAUGAGUCUGAAGAUUGGGUGGGCCUUACAGGAGGCGUUGUUAACUGGCGAGAGGAUUCGGUUUGAUGAACAGGGAAAUCAAUUGGACGGAAAGGGGGCCAACCUUUGA